GAUUUUCCCCAUAGGCGUUCUCUUGAAAAACCGGUUUCCUUUGUUUUCCCGGAAAUGAGUUUCAGAGCUUUUUCUCGAGAAGCCAGUUCAGAGGAGGAACACGAAGCCUACAAAUGUCCUAGUUUUUCACGACGUGAAUCAGUAGGACGAUGGAGUCUGUUUCAGAUCACCUUCUGGAUGCUCUGGACGAUCUAGAAACAGAUGAACUGAAGAGGUUUAAAUGGCGCUUAAAAAAUCGUAAGGGCUUUUCCAGGGCUGAUCUGGAGAAGGCAGACGCUCCUGACACAGUGGACCUGAUGAUGAAGUGUUUUGUACCAGAAGAAGCUGUGAAGAUCACGGUGGGCAUCCUGAGGAAGAUGAACCAGAACCAUCUGGCUGAACAGUUGGAGAAGAAACACAAGCAAGCUCAGGCUGAGGGCAGUAUCGAGGGUCCUGACCCCGCUGGAGCCAGUUCAGAACCGACGAAGGGAACUGAUCCCAAGACCAGGAAUGACUUCCUACAAUACAAGUAUGGCAAGACUUUACUGACAGCUGAAGACCAAGAGAAAGAUGGGUCGAACACUUCAAGGACACGCUCAACCUACCAACGCCUGUGGAUCAUUUUGCCUUCGACCCACCUGCUCCGAAAACAACCUGGCAGUGAAUAUGGACGGGAUCACAACGGCCGAGACGGCGGCAGCAAUAUGGCUAUUAAAGAACAACAAGGCGCCAGGACUGGACAUGGUGGCGGCGGAGAUGCUGAAGCACGGCGGCCACCUCAUCGUCGAUCAGCUGACGGCCCUCCUACACUCGUGCUGGGAAAUGGCCCGGAGGAUUGGCGAAGAGGGGUCAUUGUCAAGCUCCCGAAGAAAUCUCACCGAUUGCUACAAUUGGAGAGGAAUUACACUUCUGUCCAUCCCUGGAAAGGUCUUCGGUAUCGUCCUUUUACAAUGCCUAAGACAGGCAGUGGACGAGAAACUUGGAGAAGAACAAGCCGGAUUCCAUCGCAGAACGUCAUGCAAUGAACAAAUCUUCAUCCUACGAAACAUCAUCGAGCAAAGCUUGGAAUUACAGCAGCGACUAUCGAUUGCCUUUAUCGAUUUCAUCAAGGCAUUCGAUAGUGUGCACCAGGACUCGCUGUGGUGCAUCGCCUGUGAAUUCAGCAUUCCUGAAAGAUUCGUCAAUGUCUUUCGGGAACUCUACCAUGAAUCCAGCUGCUGCGUUCCAACGGAGGCGGGCAAUACUGACUAUUUCACUAUCCAGACUAGGGAUGGGUAUCGUUAAGGUUUUAACGGUAUUACUACUCUUACCGAUACUGCUUAUCGAUCCGGUACUUUAACGGUAUUCUUAUCGGUACUUUAUAUAUAUAUAUAUAAAAUAGAGAGAGAGAGAGAGAGCUAAAUUAACUUUUCUUUAUAUUAUAUGUUUUAUAUAAGAUACAGUAAGAACAAAGUAAACCAAACUGACAAAUACAAUAAAACAAAGAUACAAAUUAAAUAAAGUGCUUUCAUUUGUUCAUGUGUUCAGGUAAGUAAUAUAGGCCUAGCCUAUAAAAGAAAUCUAAGUAAAGUAACCAGAUGUAAAAUAACACUGCAUGGUUUUCACAGUAUAAAUUAACAGAUUAAUGCUUAUUAAAGCUAACUAUAUUAAGAUGAAGAGCUGUGAGUGAUUUUCUCUUUGCAUUUUGUUGUUUGAUUAACACAGAUGGCACAAUCAUCAGAAGGCGACUGCUGUCACUUUAAGACAAUAGAUAUUAACACACAUCGGAUUUUCUCCCAGCUGUUCAUGUACACUUACGAUAUAAACUGCGUUUAAGUAGCUAAACACGCUCCAAUCCGGUCAUUUUAACAUACUUGUGUGUGUAUUUGAUCGUUUGGACGUGCACAUGAAGCCCAAAGUGUAAUUUGUUUGUCUAUUUUUAUCCGUUUUGGAGCGCACACACAAUUCAGCCUGAGGAGCAGCGUGUCUUGCGUGGAUUAUUGUGCUUUCAGCGUUCUAAAACAUUGAUAAUAAUUAUCAAACAUUUACUGCAAUUUAGCAACAGUAAAGACUGCAUUUUACAACAAUCACCGACUGUGCUGAUUCUGACGUUAAGUUUGGGUUUAGGGAGGAAGGAUCGCGCACAGCUCUGAAGAGAAUGAAGGUGUGCAAGACGAAAUGAAAAGUUUUACCUCAGAUAUCUUCUUUCUGAUCCUUGGAAGCCUUAAUAUCACAGGCCUAAAGUGUAAGCAGACGUUUAGUUGUUUAGUUCUCCCUCUAUCGUCACCAUUAAACAGGCUUUCAUGUUGUGAGCGAGAUCUCUCUUCUGGGUUGCGAAAGCAAAAAUGCAUCAUACACAAAUGUCCUAAUAUUAUUGCAUACAGACACAGCUGGCGACUCUGGCGAGACAGAAUUAUAAGAUAAUGUCUAUAUAGCAAUAAUAAAUGUACGUGUAUUUUCUUCAUAAUUUCUCCAGUACUGAUAGCAGAACCGGUAACGUCAGAGCUUAUCGAUACACCGGUCUUUCAUAAUUUAGCCAAUUUAAUACCGGGUUUUGGUACCCAUCCCUAAUCGAGACUGGCGUACGGCAAGGGCAGGGGUAGGCAAGUCCGGUCCUAGAGAGCCGCGGUCCUGCAGAGUUUAGCUCCAACCCUGAAAAAAAACCUUCAGCUGCCUAUAGCCUUAGUAAUCCUGAAGAGCUUGAUUAGCUUGUACAGGUGUGUUUUGAUUAAGGUUGGAGCUAAACUCUGCAGGACAGCGGCUCUCUAGGACCGAACUUGCCUGGGCAAGGGUGUAUUCUAUCUCCGUUCCCGUUUCUUAUGGUGGUCGACUUCGUCAUGCGCAGGGCAAUGAUCCAACACGAAUUCAGAAUCCCGUGGCGAGAGCCGGAAUGGCUGACCGAUCUCGACUUAUCCGACGACAUUGCCCUGAUCGGAGCAACAAAAAUGGACACCCAAGAAAUGAUGCCGAGCUUGAACAGGAGGUGGCUAAGGUCGGACUCCACAAAAUGAAGAUCAUGCAAAUUGGAUAUGCUGGCAGAAGCAAGAACAGCGCCCCUGUGACGAUCGGACAACAACAAAUCGAGGAAGUUGAUGAGUUCACCUAUUUAGGCAGUGUCGUGGCCAAUGAUGGAGAUGCCGAACAGGAUGUCGUGUGCCAGAUUGGGAAGGCCUCGGCAGUCUUCCAAAGACUCAAGCCCAUCUGGGCAACCAUGACGAUCUCCAUCAAGACCAAGGUGCACCUGUUCAACAGAAGUCUUUAUGAGCGAGUCACUGAAUCAAUUGAUUUUUAAAAUAAUUCCUUCAAAUUAAUGAAACAUUAUUAAUAAAUACUCUGCAGCAAUUAACAUUUGGUCAGAACCUCUAGUAAUUUUCAUGUCAUUUUGUUUAGUAGUUUGUUUAGAAUUUUUUAUUUGUGAUCAACAUUUUUUAUUUUUUAUUACAUAUAACAGACAAAUGGGGAAGGGAGGACAACAAACAUAUUAUCAAUAAUUUUACAAAAAAAUCACAUUAUAUUGUCAUUCCCAUUCACAGUCCAACAAGCUGGAAGAAAACCAGCUCUGUGUCAUUGCCAGCAAACAACAUUCUCUUUUUAAUGAAUCAAUA